AUGGCAGAGCUGAAUAGCAACGAAGAACCACAUGUAUUGCCGUCCAAGCGAAAGCAAACUGCCACAGACGCAGAUGUCGAGUCCACAAAGAAGCACCAAGUAGAGAGUUGUGCCGUUAAAGACGCCUCCGCUGCCGCCGAAGAGAAAGUUAUCAACGACAAUGGAGAGGAAGAGGAAGAGGAAGAGGAAGACUAUGACGGAGAAGACGAUGUCGAUUCGGAAGACGAAGAAGAUGAUGACGACGAAGACGAAGACGAAGUUGAACAUUCCAACGGCGGAGCUGAAAUUGAUCGGAAGGGGAAAGGGAUAAUGAAGGAUGAUAAGGGUAAAGGAAAGCUGAUCGAAGAGUCCGAAGAAGACGACUCUUCCGAUGAUGACGGCGCGAGUGAAUCAGACGGUGAUGAUGAUGAUCUUUCCGAUGAUCCGUUGGCGGAGGUCGAUUUGGAUAACAUUCUUCCUUCAAGGACACGGCGUCGUACGGCUCCUCCGGGGUUGCGCAUUUCUAAUGAUAAGUUCUCCAACGAUAAGGACAACGAUGCCUAA